UCUCCACGGCCCCAGGCUCCAGCCCACUUGGGUCCUUGGUGUUGGUGGCAGCAGCACUUGGGCCAUGGCGGAGGACAGGCCACAGCAGCCGCAACUGGACAUGCCGCUGGUCCUGGACCAUGACCUGACCAGGCAGAUGCGGCUACGCGUGGAGAGCCUGAAGCAGCGCGGGGAGAAGCGCCAGGACGGGGAGAAGCUGCUGCAGCCAGUGGAGUCCAUGUACCGCCUUGACUUCACCCAGCAGCAGCGGCUACAGUUCGAGCGCUGGCAUGUCGUGCUGGACAAGCCAGGCAAGGUCACCAUCACAGGCACCUCGCAGAAUUGGACGCCUGACCUCACCAACCUCAUGACGCGCCAACUGCUGGACCCCACUGCCAUCUUCUGGCGCAAGGAGGACUCGGAUGCCAUGGAUUGGAACGAGGCCGACGCCCUGGAGUUUGGGGAGCGCCUGUCAGACCUGGCCAAGAUCCGCAAGGUUAUGUACUUCCUCAUCACCUUUGGCGAGGGUGUGGAACCCACUAACCUCAAGGCCUCCGUGGUUUUUAACCAGCUCUGAUGGCAGCUGCCACCUGCUGCCCUCCUUUCGCCCACCUGUGCUCUCCCCUGCCCCUGCCACCUUCCCCCCUAUAUUUUUGCGGCCAUUCUUCUCACUGUUCAGCCUGUCUUCGGCUUGCCCAGAAGCCCCGUGAGUCCCACGCCCUUCUCCUCUGCUUCUCCCUGGUGCCAGCACUCUGGCUCACAGGAGGAAGAUUCCAAGGCUCCCUAGCCUACAAGCUGGACUGGCUGCCGCAUUGCUCUAGACAGUAGAGGCCUACUCGGGGCCAGUGUGCAUGGACAGGGAGGCCGGGGCCAUCUGCCUUCUCUCUGCUUCAUUGUGGGAGAGAGAGACUGAGAAAGACCAAGAGAGACACAGAGAUGAAGAUUGAAAAACCCAGCAUCCGCUUCCUCCAGAGUCAGGGAGACGGAGGUGAUGGGGCAGUCUCCACGGGGAGUCCAGCAAGCCAGCACUCACUGCUCCCCGGCCUCGGUGCCCUUUGCCGGAGUCUGUGUCUGGGCUGCUGGUCCCACAACACCUUGGCAGCCCUCCGGAUGUGGGGCAGGGUUGCUGCAGGGGCGGAUUUGGGCAGUGGAGAGUGGCUGGCACCCUGGAGGCUGUGGAGGCCCAGCUGUGGCUCUUCUGGACCUGACUUCAGGGUGGAGAAGCGAAGGGGGAGGUUACACAGAGAUCUGUCUCUACGUACACAUAUCCACGAGAGAGAGCGUGCUGUAUUCAUAUGGAUGUAUUCUAGAGGUCUAUUCUUGCCCUAGGAACAAGUGCAAUUUUAGAUUAUCUGUUCAUCAUUGCUACUGGUUCAAGGAUGGCUCUUAACAGGGGCCUGGUCCUGAUGACCUUGGCCUGGGGACUUCCUGAGCUAGGAGACUGCAGUUCAGACAGUGAAACAGGGAGCGGAUUAGUAAAGGGGGUUCCCUUUGCCUUGGGGGAAGUUGGAGCUGGAGAGAAUGGAUUCUCCAGGGCCUCAAGUGUCCCCUGCUGGGGAGUCAGGCUCAUUUGAGCUUGCAGGUCAGGGAAGGCAAGUGCUUCGUCCUGAGGUAGCAUCUGUUGGCAUUUAUUGGGCUUCUUCAGUGCAGCUGAGGGGCGCAGGGUGAAGGCGUGGUAGGCAGUUACGAUGGCUGAUGGUCCUAAGUGGGCUGCAGGCGGCAGUGGUGUGACGGCGGAAUGCUAACCUCUGAGGUCAUUGGGUGCAACUCACUCACCAAACAGAUGGGGAAACUGAGGCACAGUUUUCAUCGGAUUCAGUUCUGGCUCCGAGCCUCAUUCCCCUUCACAUUGCACAGUCCCAAAGAGCCCCCCUUUUGGGGGAGUGCCUGACCUGCACCUAACAUCAGCCAAGUACAGCUAAGCCACUGUCCCCAGCACCCUGACUUAAGGCCAGUCUUGUGUUUUGUCCUCAGCCAGUCAGAGAUGCGUCCAAGACAUUUCCCCUCAUGAAGCAGAGCUGUCAAGGAACUUGUGGCUCUAGAACAGAUGCACUGAGGGCCAGAGAGUCAGGGCCGUCCCCCAAGGUUGGGGCUGCCAGGAGGGUGAGCCCCACCUCGGAGGUGUGCAGGCUGGGGCAGCAUGCUGCAGCUGAGAUUCUGCGGGUGGGAGAGUGAGAGAGUGGCUGUGGGCUGAGCGCUGGUCCAUUCUGACUCAGCUCUGGGGCCCGUUCUGGGGCAGGCUUGAAGAAGUCCUGGCUGUCGCCUGCCCUGCUGAGCAUGCGGGGAGGCCAGGCCCAUGCACAGUGGCCCUGCCCUUCUGCCUCUUUGCUUGAGCUCUCCCUGCAGCUCUGGGAACCCUCUUAGUCCUGACUGCCUAUCUCCCCAGCCAAUCUGUCCUGGGGCCUAAGUGCCUCUGCUGUGCCCACUGCAGGUCCCCAAUAAAGCCUGUGCCCUGGC